CUUUUACGGUGCCGUAAAGCAGCUUGGCCGAGCCGAAGGCCGCGGUUACCGGGCUGCGGCGGCAUGGAGGCGCGCUUCACGCGCGGUAAGUCGAUGCUGCUGGAGCGCGCGCUGGCGAGGCCGCGCACUGAAGUGAGCCUGAGCGCCUUCGCUCUGCUCUUCUCCGAGCUGGUGCAGCACUGCCAGAGCCGCGUCUUCUCGGUGUCCGAGCUGCAGGCUCGCCUGGCUGCGCUGGGCCGCCAGGUGGGCGCGCGCGUGCUGGACGCGCUGGUGGCGCGCGAAAAGGGUGCCCGGCGUGAGACCAAGGUGCUGGGCGCGCUGCUCUUCGUCAAGGGUGCCGUGUGGAAGGCACUUUUUGGCAAGGAGGCGGACAAGCUGGAGCAGGCUAACGACGACGCACGCACCUUCUACAUCAUCGAGCGCGAGCCGCUCAUCAAUACCUACAUCUCCGUGCCCAAGGAGAACAGCACACUCAACUGUGCCAGCUUCACGGCAGGCAUCGUGGAGGCGGUACUCACGCACAGCGGCUUCCCUGCCAAGGUCACGGCCCACUGGCACAAGGGCACCACACUCAUGAUCAAGUUCGAGGAGGCGGUCAUCGCCCGUGACCGCACCCUGGAGGGCCGCUGACCCCGCUGGAGAUAAAGGAUGUGGAGCCCCCUUCCCCA